AUGGCGCGCAGGGUGGAACGAACAGUGGGGAAAGCGCCGGAGGAAGCGCGGGCAGCGGAUGAUGUGCUGGAGAACGCGCGGAAGGGCGCGUCGUUUGAUCCGCGCGCAUCUGGUCCGCGUGGCGGCUUCCGCCAAGCGAGCCCGCGGGGCACUGCGGCUAGCAGCCUUGCGGGGUGGCGGGGACUCGCCCGGCAGGGGGACGGAGCGGAACGGAUUGGAGCAGCAGUGGAAGCAUUGGGGGAAGCGGUGGGAUCGGGGGAACCGUGGUUGGGGACUGGGGAGACUUUGGGGAGUUGGGGGAAUGGGGGGUGUGGGGGCAAUGGGGGGAGUGACACGGAUAUAGUAGGCUCCUUCCGCGAUAUAGUGACUCACUCGCGGAGCGGGGAGAGCCUGCGCGACGGGAUUGCGCAUCUGACGGCCGCGGCGGCAGCUGUAGCGCUGCCGUCGCCGCCUGGCGGAUGCGGAAGGGAGGGCGCCGCGGCAGGGCUUGGGGACCGGGCGCGGGACGCGGAGCUGGGAGGACGGGCGGGGGCGGGGGCGGGGGCGGGGGCGGGGGCGGGGGAGGGGAAUGUGAAGAGCGGGGAAUCGUCUUGGCGCAUGGCGAGUCUGAGUCACGAGGAGGGGGAAAGGGGGAAGGAAGGAGAGGAUGGGGAGGUACUAGAGAGAAGAGAUGACGGAGGGGGGAGAGAGACAAGGGACGGAAUGAGGCGAGGAGUGGAAAGAGGGGACGGCGAGGGGUUACGAUGGGAAGAGGAGAGUGGAAGGCGAGAGGGGGAGGUGGGGGAAGGGAAGGAGGGCGGGGAAGAGGGGCUGAGGGUGGGGCGAGAGGGGCUGAGGGUGGGGCGAGAGGGGCUGAGGGUGGGGCGAGAGGGGCGAGAAAGGCAGAGCACAGCAGCGGAGGGGAUGCAAGACAUGCUCUUGCUGCAGGCAGAGCAACAGGAGGAGGAGCAUCAACAGCGGGAGGAGGGGCGUCAGGGGGGUGGGAUGGAAGCGGGAGGGACGGAAAGCGAUUCUCUAGCAGACACAGAACGAGUAGCAGCAGAUGCGGAAGCAGGGUUUGGCACGGUAUCAGGCACGGUAUCAGGCACGGUACCAGGCACGGUACCAGGCACAAUAUCAGGCACGGUAUCAGGCACGGUACCAGGCACGGUACCAGGCACGGUAUCAGGCACGGUACCAGGCACGGUAUCAGGCACGGUACCAGGCACGGUAUCAGGCACGGUGUCAGGCACGGUAUCAGGCACGGUACCAGGCACGGUAUCAGGCACAGAAUCACACCCGUCAGGUGCAGAAUCAGGCAGAGCUGAGACAGGGGUUGACACAGGGGAAAGCCUUUCAGCAGCAGAUGCAGCAGAAGCGGGGAAACCUGCCGGCAUUUCCGCAGCAGAGGCAGGGGUUCACACAGAAUCAAAGGCAGCAGGAGCAGAAUCAGGCAGAGCAGAGACAGGGGUUGACACAGGGGGGAGCCCAUCAGGUGCAGUAUCAGACGCAACAGAAGCAGGGAGACCUGCCGGCAGGAGUGGGGGCCGUGCUGGCACGAGCAAGAGCAGCAGGACAGGGCGCCGCGUGCAGUUCAGUGAUGUGGUGAGGGUGAGACGCGUGCUUGUGGCCUGCCCCAGCAGUGACUCUGCCGGGCCUGACGCUGAGCCUAACGGGAUUGAUUCCGAGCGUGAUGCCGAGCCUGAUGCCAAGUCCGAUGAUGAGCCUGAUGGUGGCUUUGAUGCCGAGCCUGAUUCCGAGCCUGCCGCUGAGGCUUGGGGUGGCUGUGAUGGGGUUUUGGAUGGUGACUUGGGUUCUGUUGCCGACCCUGCUGCUGAUUGUGCUGAUGGUGUUUCUGCCAAUGAUGGUGAUGUUGAUGAUGCUGACAAAAUGACAGUUGAAGGAGAUAUGGCUUUUAGGGGAAAGCUUGUAAUAUUAUCAGAAGGGGUUGGAGAAAGAGGGGGUGCUUUCGAGCGAAGCGUGCGAGCUGGGCGUGCGAAGAUCGCUGCUUCAGAGCCUUCCUCCUAG